AUGGUGGUGAAAGGUCUCUGCGGCAACUUCAACGGCGACCAGCGCGACGACUUCCAAACGCCAUCUGGUGGAGGUCUACCGGAAUCAUCCGCUUUAGUAUUCGCGGACUCUUGGAAACUGAAACCUACGUGCCCUAAACCAAAAGAAGUUUCGGACUACUGCAAAACCCGUCCCGAGCGCAGAGACUGGGCAGUCAGCACAUGCGGCAUCAUGAAGCAGUAUCCAUUCAGCUUAUGCGCCACCGAAGUGUCUCCCGCUCCAUACAUCGAGCGCUGCGAGCGCGACGCCUGCGCCUGCGACUCGGGCGCCGACUGUGACUGCGCCUGCGCGGCGUUAGCUGCGUACGCGCAUGUUUGCGCGGUUAGAGGCGUCACCUUUAAUUGGCGCAGCCAGCAAGUGUGCCCGCUAGAAGUCCGGCGGAUGUCGUAUAUGCAACGCUGCGAGCGCGACACGUACGCCUGCGACUCGGGCGCCGACUGCGACUGCGCCUGCGCCGCGCUGGCUGCGUACGCGCAUGCUUGCGUGGUUAGAGGUGUCACCUUUAAUUGGCGUAGCCAGCAAGUGUGCCCGAUGCAGUGCGACGAGGAGUGCUCGAACUACGACGGCUGCGUGUCGGCGUGCCCGGCCGAGACCUGCGACAACACGCAAGGGUACAAGGAGCUUAAAGGCAACUGCGAGCAGGACACCUGCGUCGAAGGAUGUAAGCCCAAGAAGCCAUGCCCAGAAGGCCAAGUGUAUAGCAACGACAGCUUAACCGAAUGCGUUCCGCGAGCAAAGUGCCGUCCAAUCUGUAUGACGCUGCCGGAUGGCAGAGAAGUGUUCGAGGGUGACGUCAUUGAGGAAGAUGAGUGCCACACUUGUCGAUGUUCCAAGGAGGAACGAGUGUGCACCGGCCAGCCCUGUUCUACUGAGUCGGAACCGUACACCGAACCGACUAGCCCCAAGCCGCACGACGAGCCUCUAAAGUGCGUUGACGGCUGGACGGCGUGGGUCAGCAAGCACACACCAGAGGCGGGCCCUCGCGGGGAGUCCGUGGAGAAAGAGCCACUGCCGGAGCUUAAAGACCUGAAAAUCGGCUCCCCCAUGUGCAGCAAAGACAUGAUGAAAGGCAUCGAGUGCCGCACGCGCGUCAACCACGAGACGCCGAAGCAGACCGGCCUGGACGUCGAGUGCAGCCUGGAGCGAGGACUAGUCUGCCGCGAGACCGGCACCACCUGUCCUGACUUUGAGAUCAGGGUGUUGUGUGAAUGUGAACCGUUCCAAUGCCUCAACGACACGCACCCUAACUACCAACAUCCCACUGACUGCGACAAGUUCUACGAAUGCACGCCUGACCUACUCAACCCAACUAUACGUCACGCCGUGCUCAAGACUUGCGGAGCUGGCACCAUGUACAACCCUGUGACGAUGGUGUGCGACUGGCCCGCUUCUGUGGCAGCCGUACGACCCGAGUGUGUUGCUACUGAAGGAACCACUCCUAGCACUACUAAGGUCACAACUGUUGCGCCUACUUCACCUAUAAGUUAUACCAGAUUCGCCAAUGAUAGCUUUAAUAGCAUACGUCACGCCGUGCUCAAGACCUGCGGAGCUGGCACCAUGUACAACCCUGUGACGAUGGUGUGCCACUGGCCAGCUUCUGUGGCAGCCGUGCGACCCGAGUGUGGUGCUACUGAAGGAACCACUCCUAGCACUACUAAGGUCACAACUGUUGCGCCUACUUCACCUACCACACCAACGACGACGGAACAAGCAAGCACGGCAGGGCUGUGUCCUCCAGGCCAGGUGUACCGCGAAUGCGCUUAUCCUUGCGACCAGCUCUGCGACUACCUUGGAGCCGUGAUCCGGGACAAGGGCCAGUGUGGACCUAGAGACAAGUGCAUCAAAGGCUGCGUGGACAUAUCGGUGGCCGAGCAGAAGUGCGGCAAAGGGUACCGCUGGCGCGACAUGAAGACCUGCGUGCCUGAGAAGGACUGCACUUGCUACGCCGAUGGAAAGAUGGUCAAGCCUGGCGAGCGCAAAUCCGACGGGUGCGUCACGUGCCAGUGCCUCGACAACGCGUUCCAUUGCGACUCCUCCCACUGCACGACCCUCGGCACCACCUACAUCGACGAGGAACGCAACCAGCCCAUCAAGUAUACCACGACAACAACACCAAAACCCACCACGCCUAAACCCACCACUGUGACCACAAAGGCGACCACCACGAAGGCGACCACGCUGCCGCCGACCACUGUGACGCCUCUGAUUAUAAAGAGCACGGUCUCGCCGCCGCCGGAGUGUGAUCCUGAAGGGUACAAAUACCUACUUUGGGGUGAUGACGUGGAAGUGAAGCCGAUAUUGACCGCGAGCUCGGUUGCUAGCAACCAGUUCCUACCGCAAGACGCUGUGCUCAACGGCCGCCCGAAAGCUGUAUCUGCUGGCAGUUGGAACCCGGAGAUCAACGACAAGAACCAGUACAUCCAAGUGGAAUUGCCUCACGCGGAGCCGAUAUACGGCGUGGUGCUGCAAGGCAGCCCGCUGUUCGACCAGUACGUCACCAGCUACGAGCUCAUGUAUGGCGAUGACGGCAACGCCUAUAGUCUCGUCAGCGAGCCGGACGGGUCGCCCAAGGUGUUCCGCGGCCCAGUGGACCACAAGACACCGCUGAAGCAAAUGAUAUCCCCACCAAUAGAGGCCAAGUUCGUGCGCAUCAAGCCUCUCACUUGGCACGAGGAGAUCGCCGUCAGGCUUGAGCUGAUCGGCUGCGGGGAGCCAAGGAGCACCACUCCUGAAGAGAUCCCCACUACGCCAGAACAGAUGCAAUGCACAGAGCCGCUAGGCUUAGCGGCGGACUUGCCUAUUGAGAGCAUCGAAGUGAGCUCGAACAACGACGCGCGAAAAUACUUCGCGUUAGAUGGACCACGGGGCUGGCGUCCACUCUACAGCACACCCGGAGAAUGGAUCAUGUUCGACUUCAUGUCCCCGCGCAAUCUCACCGGCAUAAAGACCAAGGGCGGGACCAAGGGCUGGGUGUCGGCCUACCACGUCAAAUACACCUGCGACCUUUCCACCUUCAACCCGGUGGUGGACAGCUCCGGAAACCAGAAGCUGUUCCCAGGCAACUUCGACCAGGAUACUCCUGUGCUGAACGAGUUCGCGCUGCCUGUACACGCGAGAUACCUGAAGGUGCUGCCGGUGAAAUGGAACAAGGGCAUUGAGAUGAGGAUUGAACCUAUCGGAUGCUUUGAGCCUUACCCUAUUACCACGACCACUCCAGCCGUGGCAGUCCAGGGCAGCACUCCGCCGUCAUGCAGCGUGUGCCCAGGAGUGGAGGCGACCAGCUGCUCCUGCGACGGCGUCGGCGACUAUUUCAACGGCGAGGUGUGCGUGCCGCGCGACCUGUGCCCCUGCGUCGUGGGACAUCUCACAUACGACGUGGGCGCGACGUUCCGCGGCGAGAACUGCGACGAGUGCGUGUGCAAGCUGGGCGGCGUCACCGACUGCAAGCCCGUCAAGGAGUGCAAGUGUGCCCCGACCUUGGUACCCAAACUGGUACCUAAACCGUCUUGCGAGUGCUUCUGCGAGCCGUGCCCUCCCGGCACCAGGAUCUGUCCCACCAGCAAGUUAUGCCUGGCGCUGGACAAGUGGUGCGACGGCCUGCAAGACUGCCCUGAUGAUGAGAAGGAAUGCAGCACCACCACCAUAACCACGCCCAAACCGACGACAUUGGAGCCGACGAUAGUGACUACUGUUCAGCCAACUGUCGGCGUCACUGCUGCCACGAAGACGGAAAUUACCACUACGCCUAAACCGCUAGUGUGCCCAGUAGUAGAGUGUCCUCCCAACUACAUCGUCCGCUACACCACUCCCUCCAGCUAUUCCCUCUCCUACACGUCUGACAUCCCGCCGCCGCGUCCAAGGUAUUCCUACCAGCGGUACCAGCAAGGAGGGUACGCUAAAGGCGGGUACGCCAAAGGAGGGUACUCUAAGGGAGGGUACUCUAAAGGCGGGUACUCGAAAGGAGGCUUCUCGAAGGGCGGAUACAAUCCUGUUCUGCCAACAUCGCAACCGAACCAGGCGUUUACUCUCGACAAGCCGACCCUAAACCCAGCUCAAGACCUGAAGAAGCAGGAGUGCCCUCAGUUCAAGUGCGUCCCGCAGCUGCCGCCGCCGCCGCGGCCGGGCUCCACGCCGGCGCCGCUCGUCUGCUCGGCGCCCGCCUGCCCGCCGCGCUACUCGCUACGGUUGGAUGCCGGCUCAGUAGCGCCGCAUGAGUGCCCGCAGUACUCAUGCGUGCCGCCGCCAGAGAGACUUGCCUUCUGCAACGUGACAGAGCGCGCCGUGAGCACGUUCGACGGCGCCGACUACAAGUAUGAUCUCUGCUUCCACAUUCUAGCCAGGGACAACCGGUUCGAUGCCUGGAGUGUGCUGGUCCGCAAGAAGUGCCGCCUCGACGGGUGCCAGAACGAAUUAAUCGUGCACCAAGACGACCAGCUCAUCAAGGUCAAGCCGAACCUCAUGAUCGAGUACGACAACUACGAGUAUACCGUCGAACAGACCACCAAGAUUUGCUUCCAGAAGAACAGUUUCGAUGUGGCCAAGCUCGGGAAUGGACUGUCCAUCAAGUCGAGGCGAUACAACUUCACUGUGCUCUACAAUACGGAUGGGGACAUCAAGAUUGGAACCACCAAGACCUGCUUCCAGAAGAACAGCUUCGAUGUGGCCAAGCUCGGGAAUGGACUGUCCAUCAAGUCGAGGCGAUACAACUUCACUGUCCUCUACAAUACGGAUGGAGACAUCAAGAUUGGACGCGACAAUAGCGAGUACACCGUCGAGCAGACCACCAAGAUAUGCUUCCAGAAGAACAGCUUCGACGUGGCCAAACUCGGGAAUGGACUCUCCAUCAAGUCGAGGCGAUACAACUUNAUGGCGGCGAAAGCUCCUAGGAAAGUGAAAGGACUCUGCGGCAACUUCAACGGCGACCAGCGCGACGACUUCCAAACGCCAUCUGGUGGAGGUUUACCGGAAUCAUCUGCGUUGGUAUUCGCGGAUUCUUGGAAGCUGAAACCUACGUGUCCUAAACCAAAAGAAGUUUCGGAUUACUGCAAAUCCCGUCCCGAACGCAGAGACUGGGCAGUCAGCACAUGCGGCAUCAUGAAGCAGUAUCCAUUCAGCUUAUGCGCCACCGAAGUGUCUCCUGCGCCAUACAUCGAACGCUGCGAGCGCGACGCCUGCGCGUGCGACUCGGGCGCCGACUGCGACUGUGCCUGCGCCGCGUUAGCUGCGUACGCGCACGCUUGCGCGGUUAGAGGCGUCACCUUUAACUGGCGCAGCCAGCAAGUGUGCCCGAUGCAGUGCGACGAGGAGUGCUCGAACUACGACGGCUGCGUGUCGGCGUGCCCGGCCGAGACUUGCGACAACACGCAAGGGUACAAGGAGCUUAAAGGCAACUGCGAGCAGGACACCUGCGUCGAAGGAUGUAAGCCCAAGAAGCCAUGCCCAGAAGGCCAAGUAUACAGCAACGACAGCCUAACCGAAUGCGUUCCGCGAGCAAAGUGCCGUCCAGUCUGUAUGACGCUACCAGAUGGAAGAGAGGUGUUCGAGGGUGACGUCAUCGAGGAAGACGAGUGCCACACUUGCCGAUGCUCUAAGGAGGAAAGAGUGUGCACCGGCCAGCCUUGUUCCACUGAGUCGGAGCCCUACACUGCGCUGACCAGUCCCAAGCCGCACGAUGAACCUCUGAAGUGCGUGGAUGGCUGGACGGCGUGGAUCAGCAAGCACACACCAGAGGCGGGCCCUCGUGGGGAGUCCGUGGAGAAGGAGCCACUGCCGGAGCUUAAAGACCUGAAAAUCGGCUCCCCCAUGUGCAGCAAAGACAUGAUGAAAGGCAUCGAGUGUCGCACGCGCGUCAACCACGAGACGCCGAAGCAGACCGGCCUCGACGUCGAGUGUAGCCUGGAGCGGGGCCUAGUCUGUCGCGAGACAGGCACCACCUGCCCUGACUUCGAGAUCAGGGUGCUGUGUGAAUGUGAAUUCCAAUGCCUCAACGACACGCACCCUAACUACCAACAUCCCACUGACUGCGACAAAUUCUACGAAUGUACGCCUGACCUACUCAACCCAACUAUACGUCACGCCGUGCUCAAGACCUGCGGAGCUGGCACCAUGUACAACCCUGUGACGAUGGUGUGCGACUGGCCCGCUUCUGUGGCAGCCGUGCGAUCCGAGUGUGGUGCUACUGAAGGAACCACCCCCAGCACUACUAAGAUCACCACUGUUGCGCCUACUUCACCUACCACACCAAAGACGACGGAACAAGCAAGCACAGCAGGGCUGUGUCCUCCAGGCCAGGUGUACCGCGAUUGCGCUUAUCCUUGCGACCAGCUGUGCGACUACCUUGGAGCUGUGAUCAGGGACAAGGGCCAGUGUGGGCCGAGAGACAAGUGCAUCAAAGGCUGCGUGGACAUAUCGGUGGCCGAGCAGAAGUGCGGCAAAGGGUACCGCUGGCGAGACAUGAAGACCUGCGUGCCUGAGAAGGACUGCACUUGCUACGCCGAUGGGAAGAUGGUCAAGCCUGGCGAGCGCAAAUCCGACGGCUGCGUCACGUGCCAGUGCCUCGACAACGCGUUCCAUUGCGACUCUUCGCACUGCACGACCCUCGGCACCACCUACAUCGACGAGGAACGCAACCAGCCCAUCAAGUAUACCACGACAACAACACCAAAACCCACCACGCCUAAACCCACCACUGUGACCACAAAAGCGACCACCACGAAAGCGACCACUCUGCCGCCGACCACUGUGACGCCUCUGAUUAUAAAGAGCACGGUCUCGCCGCCGCCAGAAUGUGAUCCUGAAGGGUACAAAUACUUACUUUGGGGCGAUGACGUGGAAGUGAAGCCGAUACUGACAGCCAGUUCGGUGGCCAGCAACCAGUUCCUACCGCAAGACGCUGUGCUCAACGGCCGCCCGAAAACUGUCUCUGCUGGCAGUUGGAACCCGGAAAUCAACGACAAGAACCAGUACAUUCAAGUAGAACUGCCUCACGCGGAGCCGAUAUACGGCGUGGUGCUGCAAGGCAGCCCGCUGUUCGACCAGUACGUCACCAGCUACGAGCUCAUGUAUGGCGAUGACGGCAACGCCUAUAGUCUCGUCAGCGAGCCGGACGGGUCGCCCAAGGUGUUCCGCGGCCCAGUGGACCACAAGACGCCGCUGAAGCAAAUGAUAUCCCCGCCAAUAGAGGCCAAGUUCGUGCGCAUCAAGCCUCUCACUUGGCACGAGGAGAUAGCCGUCAGGCUCGAGCUGAUCGGCUGCGGGGAGCCAAGGAGCACUACUCCUGAAGAGAUCCCCACUACGCCAGAACAGAUGCAAUGCACAGAGCCGCUAGGCUUAGCGGCGGACUUGCCUAUUGAGAGCAUCGAAGUGAGCUCGAAUAACGACGCACGCAAGUAUUUCGCGUUGGAUGGACCACGGGGCUGGCGUCCGCUCUAUAGCACACCCGGAGAAUGGAUCAUGUUCGACUUCAUGUCCCCGCGCAAUCUCACCGGCAUAAAGACCAAGGGCGGGCCCAAGGGCUGGGUGUCGGCCUACCACGUCAAGUAUACUUGCGACCUUUCCACCUUCAACCCGGUGGUGGACAGCUCCGGAAACCAGAAGCUGUUCCCAGGCAACUUCGACCAGGACACUCCUGUGCUGAACGAGUUCGCGUUGCCUGUACACGCCAGAUACCUGAAAGUGCUGCCGGUGAAAUGGAACAAGGGCAUCGAGAUGAGGAUUGAACCUAUCGGAUGCUUUGAGCCUUACCCUAUUACCACGACCACUCCAGCCGUGGCAGUCCAGGGCAGCACUCCGCCGUCAUGCAGCGUGUGCCCAGGAGUGGAGGCGACCAGCUGCUCUUGCGAUGGUAUCGGCGACUAUUUCAACGGCGAGGUGUGCGUGCCACGCGACCUGUGCCCUUGCGUCGUGGGACACCUCACGUGA